AUGCUUUUGCUGCUAGCUAUUAAAGGAGUAAAAGCAGGUUUCUAUAUAUUUAGUAUUUGGGUUAUCAACGAUUAUAUAAAAACAUUGUCCAAGAUUUUGAUUCAUGAUCCUAGACCUCAUAUGGUUGAUGAUAGGAUUAAUGCAUUGAGUUGUUCAUAUGAAUAUGGAACUCCAAGUGGGCAUGCUUGCAAUUCAACAUUUAUUUUUGUACUGCUGUUUUUAGAAUACAACUAUCCGUUUGGAUAAGAAAAGCAAAAGAGUUUUGCUAAAUAUCUAAUUAGUUUGAUUUUAGGAGUAUCAUUCAUAUUUAUCAUGUGCUAUGAUAGAGUUUAUGUUGGAGUGCAUACUAUAGAUCAAUUAAUUCUAGGAAUAGCAAUAGGUUUAUGGGUACCUUUGUGGUUUCAUUGCUGCUACAGGAACUCAAUAUACAAAUAUCUUGAAUCGAUUCAAAAUACUGGAAAUAGAUAAUUCUUUAUAAAGGUACUCAUGGCAUCAUUGAUUUUCAUAGUUAUUAUUCUUGCUCCAUAAGUAUUAGCUUUUGUUUAUACAGAUUAGACAUUCUCUCCACCAUAAAUUUGGAAAGAAAGACUCAACAGAAAUUGUAUUUAACCUCCUCUCUUUAACACCUUUCAUUACUCUGGGAUUUACUAUGCAGGCAGUAAUGGUGUGAUACUAGGUGCAUUUAUUGGUUUAUUGAUUCAUGGUAGAAGUGUCCAUAUAAAAGCAAAGACCUAUAGUAUUUUACAAGUUAUUAUAAAAUAUGUAACUCUUAUUGUAAUCUUGGCAUUAUGCAAAGCGAUUGAUAGUCUUGUGCCAUUCGAUUUGCCUAGUAUAUAUUUGGUACUUGUGUUAAAAGGAUUUAUUCCAUCAUUUCUACCAGGCCUAUUAAGCUUCUCAAUCCCAGAUAUAUUGCUUGAUAGAAUAAUCUUAAAAAUGAAUAAGUUAUCAUAAGUAAGCGAGCCAUUAAUAGAGGAGAAAUCUUGA